CGCUAAUACAUUAGGAAAUCAAAUUAUUGAUAGAUUUUUGAAGAAGAAGGAAUGGUGAAUUAUUGCCAAAUAGUGAAACUAUACAUUUUUGGUUGUUUUUUAUCUGAAAAAUUAUAAAGGACCAUUAGGAUAAGGGAUGGAUUCACAAAAGCCCAAUAUUCAACACAUAUUAGUUGAGACGAUCUAAACAUUAAAUUACAAUUUAUUAAAACACUCUGCUACAAUACUUUCUUUAAUUACCUUUAAACAUAAAACUAUCAUUUAUUACGAUACCUUAAUAGAUUUUUAUUUUUAAUUUCAAAUUAAGCUUAGAUUAUUUAAUUGCGCAUCAAAUUUCAAACGUAGUAAAAUUUUAAAAGUAAGUUAGAGGAAUACUGUUUUAUUCUAUUGAUUAAACAUCAACUUAGAUUAAUUAAUUUGAUAGCAAUUUGCUUAAAACUGGGUUGAUUGGUGAAGUUUUUCUCUUUCUUCAAACUCCUAACCAACCUCUAAGUGAAUUAGGAAUUUCUUUUUUAUCCUUUGAUUUUACAAAUAAAAACUAAAAAUUUCAAGGUCCUUUUUCCACCUUUUGAAAUUAGAGUGAAGGCUCUCUCAAAGAACAUCUGAUGUACAUGUUUUGAUUCUAAAAAUUUUAAUAACCC